AUGGAUGAGGGCCAGUCGAGUAUGAUAGAGGCUCAAUUAGCUAAUUUAACGGCUAUGGUAAGUAAGUUGAUGACUGGAGGUACUGCGAAAGCUUCACUAUGUGGCAUUUGUUGUUUAGAAGGACAUACCACAGAUACGUGCCCGACAUUACAGGAAGGGGAAGCUAACGCCAUCUUUCCAAAUCAGAGGAGAGCCUCGUCGAUUGACGUUAAUCUUGGGAACUUGCAAGCACAGGUAAAUAAUCGGUUACCAUCACAGCCUGUGGCAAAUCCGAAGGAUAAUGUCAGUGCUAUAACCUUGCGAAGUGGGAAGGAGUUGAGAUCGAUACUAAAGAAGGCUGAUUUACAACCGUCGCAAGCAGCACCAAAGGAAGCAGGGAAAUCAUGUUUACAACAGCCCACUGCUUCACAUGGUGCAGCAAAUUUUGAACAGGAAACGAGGGUUCCCGAGCUUCAAGCACAAGCAAGUCAGAACGCUAAUAACCAACCUCGGUCUUAUGUGCCGAAGGUGCCAUUUCCACAGCGUUUGAGGAAGGAAAAGUCAGACGACGUCAAUGCCGAAAUUCUAGAGACUUUCCGCAAGAUUAGCUUAGGCGAAAAUGUAUUUACGGUAUUUCAAAAGAAACUUCCUACUAAAUAUAAAGAUCCUGGAAUGUUUUCGAUACCUUGUAAGAUAGGAGACCUUAAACUUGAUAGAGCUAUGCCUGAUUUAGGAGCUUCUAUAAAUGUCAUGCCUAGGAGUAUCUACGAUAGGGUUCAAUUAGGUGCAUUAAAAGACACAGGACUGAUAAUUCAACUUGCAGAUAGGAGUAAUGCCUACCCUGAUGGUGUUUUAGAAGAUGUUCUAGUGCAAGUAAAUGAGUUAGUCUUUCCGACUGAUUUUUAUGUUUUAGACAUGGGACCUAAUGAUAAUUCAAUUGAUGUGCCCUUACUCUUAGGUAGACCUUUUCCUAAGACUGCUAGAAUGAAAAUUGAUGUGCAUAAAGGGAAUUUAACUAUGGAAUUUGAUGGUGAGAUAAUUAAAUUUAAUAUAUUUGAUGCUAUGAGAUAUCCCACUGAUAUUAAUUUCAUGUUUACUCUUAAUGUAAUUGACAAUUUUGUUCAAGAUGUUUAUGAAUUAGGGGAUGAGGACGAGUUGAAAAGCAUUCUGGCUAAGAGCAUUUUUGAUAUCGACAAGCAUGAAUUUAUCAUUUCUGAUUCUUUAAUUAAUUCGAUUUGUGCAUUAGACUCGCCUCAAUUAACACGCUUCAAGCCGAUCCUCCCUAACCUUACGGUGACUGGUAAGCAAAUUCCUUCAUUGAUUUCACCACCUAAAUUGGAAUUAAAAGAGCUGCCCGAAAAUUUAAAGUACAUUUAUUUGGGGGAAAAUCAAACUUUACCAUUGAUAGUGUCGAAUGCUUUAAUCGAAAUGCAAGAAUCUAAGCUACUUAGAGUUCUUAGGGAACAUAAAGAAGCCUUCCGUUGGACACUAGCCGAUAUUCGACUUUAUGUACUCACAAGAUAG